UCAGAGAGAAGUAAACUACACGAAGUAUACUCCUUCCUGCUUCCCAUCUCAGCAGCUGUGGGAUUUCCUGAGGGUUCCACUGCUGGAAAUAGUGUUAAAAGUCCAUUUAUACACACAAAAACCUAUAAGUCUCCAGUUUCUAUUCUUCCUCCCUCCCUCUGCCUUCCGCUCCCCCACUUUGAACUCUGAACUGAGGCGUGCUUUAAACAGUUUGAGGACUAAUCUGAAAGAGGAAGAAGAAUCUGUAUACAUUGGCAAGCAUAAGUGCCCUGCCCUCUCUCCUCUUAAAAAUUGCAACAACUCAUCUUUUCAAAGAAGCUUGCUAAAAAGCAGGCACGCUGUGAAUGGCAUGUACUUUAGGGACCCUCCAGGGUAUUCAGAUUCACUGUACAGCUCACCAACGACGAUUAACUUUCCAAGGGACAAGUAGAUUUGAUUUACUGAAGACUUGGAGCUUGCUUCUGAGAGUGAAUGCAAAAGGACUCUAACCCGUCAAACUUGAAGUUAGCAGCUUAGGCUUCAUCUGUUAUUACAACAUAAGAAGCACUGACCACUAACCAGGAACACUUGAUAAGGGUACUGCAGGGCCAGAAAGAGGCACCAAGAAGACAUUCCUAGAGAAACAUGGAUGGAGUCAGAAAUCUGACAGUAUCUUCUGCCAGUAAUAACAUAUGCAAUGAUACUAUUGACGACUUCCGCAAUCAAGUGUAUUCCACCUUGUACUCUACGAUCUCCGUAGUGGGCUUCUUUGGCAACAGCUUUGUGCUCUACGUCCUCAUAAAAACAUAUCAUGAGAAGUCAGCCUAUCAAGUAUACAUGAUUAAUUUAGCAGUUGCAGAUCUACUGUGCGUGUGCACACUGCCUCUCCGUGUAGUUUAUUAUGUUCACAAAGGCAUUUGGUUCUUUGGUGACUUUUUGUGCCGCCUCAGCACCUACGCUUUGUAUGUCAACCUCUAUUGUAGCAUCUUCUUUAUGACAGCCAUGAGCUUUUUCCGGUGCAUUGCGAUUGUUUUCCCAGUCCAGAACAUUAAUUUGGUUACACAGAAAAAAGCCAGGUUUGUGUGUGUUGGUAUUUGGAUUUUUGUUAUUUUGACUAGUUCACCAUUUUUAAUGUCCGCAUCUUACAUAGAUGAGAAAAACAAUACCAAGUGCUUUGAGCCUCCACAGGACAAUCAAGCUAAAAAUCAUGUCUUGAUCUUGCAUUAUGUGUCAUUAUUUUUUGGAUUUAUCAUUCCUUUUGUUGUCAUAAUUGUCUGUUACACAAUGAUCAUUUUGACCUUACUUAAAAAUUCAAUGAAGAAAAAUCUAUCAAGCCGUAAAAAGGCUAUAGGAAUGAUCAUAGUUGUUACAGCUGCCUUUUUGAUCAGUUUCUUGCCAUAUCAUAUUCAACGCACCAUUCACCUUCACUUUUUGCACAAUGAAACUAAACCCUGUGAGUCUGUCCUUAGAAUGCAAAAGUCAGUGGUCAUAACCUUGUCUCUGGCUGCGUCAAAUUGUUGCUUUGAUCCUCUCUUAUAUUUCUUUUCAGGAGGGAAUUUUAGGAGAAAGCUAUCUACAUUUAGAAAGCAUUCUUUGUCCAGCUUGACUUAUGUACCCAAGAAGAAGAUCUCCUUGCCAGAAAAAGGAGAAGAAAUAUGUAAAGAAUAGUUUAAACCCAUCUUUAAUGAAUAUUUUCCCAAACAAGUGUUUUCUCAGAUCACUUACAAUAAAUAUAAGAAUUUCUGUUAAUAAUUUAAAAAUAAUACUUAACAGAAUAUGUACCUAUAAAUCUAUCUCAUUUAUGAAUCUACAUUGUUAGAGGUCCUAAAGAUAUUUUAAAUGUUAAAAAUUCAGUCCACAUCUAUGAAAUAAAUUGUAAAUGGUUUCUCAAUCAUUCAUCUAAAUAUGGAAAUUAUUUCUAUCUUCGCACUGUAAAAAAGUGGGUCUGAAAGCAAAGCUUUUCCGCCCUCAAAAACUUUACAAAGGAUAAAACCUAGCUUUUUAAGAUAUAAAUUUAGCUAAUAGUUCUUAAUGGUCCUAACAUAUCCCUUUGCAUUAAUGCCAUCAGAUGAGAGAUGGAAUGACCCAGGAGCUACAGAAAAAUGUACUGUCACCAUUUUCCUUUGUAGUAUUGACCAGCUAGAAAAAGUAAGGCUAUUUCUUCCAAAAUAAAAUGCUGUAACAGCCUAGUAUUCAGUCAAAUGGCCCUAAAGUCUCCAUGCAAUGUACAAUCUGGAAACUGAGGAAGAUAAACCUGAUCAAAAGUCAUUGCUUCCAAUGUUCUUCUGCUUCUGCCUUAGACCCCCCCCAAAAAAGAAUGGUGGAGCUUUUGUUGAUCGUUGAGGUUCUUAUAGGGAGUUCUCUCCCUACUCCUUCCUUAAGAAACAAGACAACAAGCACUACCAUAAAUGAACAGAAGUAAUUUAAAAUGUAUCUGAAGAAGAGGAAAAGGGGUCUACUUUUCUACACACUUAUUACUGGGCUCAAAAUUAAUGGCAAUGGGUUUCUAAAUAAAAAUUUAAAUUUUGAUAUUACAAAUUUUUAAGAAGUACUUAUAUUUAUGCAUAUGUAUAAAACUGUAUGUAAGAGAUUUUGCUCAUGAGUGGAAGUUAAUUAUAAGCUUUACUAUUAUUUUAUACUUUUUACUUUUUACUGGCAUAUUGACAGGAAUAUCAAGGGUAUGUUUACAGUGGUUUUUAUAUUACAGUGGAAGCUUUGUUCUUAAGACAGCAACAGCUUUAUUAUGGCUGAAAUAUAAUAUUCAUGGGCAAGCCUCUGCCCAAGUGUAGUCUGUUUCUUAAUUCUGUGUUUCAAAAUGUGCAUUACCUCAGAGGAAAUGAACAAUAAUGGUGAAAAAAGAGAAAAGCUAGGAAAGGAGAAUUUCUGUCUGAAUCUGCCACGUGUAUGUUACUUCUAUUUCAUUUCUUUUUUUAACAUUUUUUAAUUGAGUUAUAGUCAGUUUACAAUGUUGUAUCAAUUUCCAGUGUAGAGCAUAAUUUUUCAGUUAUACAUGAACAUACAUAUAUUCAUUGUCGCAUUCUUUUUCGCUAUGAGCUACCACAAGAUCUUGUAUUUAUCUCAUUUCUAAUGUUACAGUCCCUUAGAAAGAAACUUGAAGACAGGAUCUCGAAGGCAUGGUAAUGACUGGUGCCCAUUUAUUUUUAACAUACCUGAGACUUGUUAGAACCUGUAUUUCUACCCUAUACUAUUUUUCCCUUGCUUGAGAUAAAGAUCCCAUGUGAUAUUUCUCAUAAAAGCAGUUCUCAUUUCUCAUUUACUAGCUUUCUGCUAUUCAAUAAGUAUAGUGUGGUAGAAGAACACUACACUGAAAGCUAGAAAACCUGGAUGCUAAUCUGAUCUCUAUUACUUACUAGUAGUGAAACUUAAAGCAAGUGACAUAAACUCUGAUCCUCAGCUUUCUCAUUUGUAAAGUGAGAAUAAUAAUACUUCCCUUGCCUUUCUUACAGGCACAUUUGAAACUCAAAUGUGAUCAUAGUAUACAUACAUAUUUUAAAACACAUAUGUUAAAGUUUUACCUUAAAAAUAUACAGUGUGAUGUAAUUUAUCACAUGGAAUAUGAAAUAUUAGAGAGGUUUUGUUACUUAAACAUACUGAACCACAUUUACUACAUGGAUUCUCAAUUUUGAAAUAAUUAAAACAAGAUAUAGCCACAGUUAAAAUCUGUUGCAUGUAGAAUCUUGUCACUUAUUUAUUCUUAUCUCCAUGUUUUUGCCUGUGUUCUCACUUCCACCCUCAGUCUCACUUCCUCCUACACAGAAACAUAACAUACUUUAGUCACCUACAAGCUUACUAUGAAUUUGUUCUUCUUUAAUAUUAUAUGCAUUUAUAGCCUGUUACCACGGUGUUUAAUACUGUUUACCAGACUGUUUAAUACUUAAAUUGUUCCCAGUUUUUCCAUAUGUAUUAGCAUUUUCUCCCAAAGUGAAAUAAUCACUUUGUAGAAUUAUAAAUUCCUUGAGGUUGAAAAUUAUGCCUUUAAAUCAUGGUGCCUAACAUUUAAUGAGCUUUUGCUCUGUUUUAAGUGCUUCAUCUGUAUCAAUUCACUUAAUGCUUACAACUGCUCUGUGAGGUAGGUACCAUUAUUGCCCCUGUUUGCUGAUUUAAAAACUGAGGCACAAAGAGGUUAAGUAACUUACUAAAUGUCAGACAGCUGGUUAAGCAUCAGAACCAAAAGUUCUGACUAAAUCUAGGCAGUCUGACUCUAUAACUCAUAACUUCUUAAUUUGUUAUGCUAACCUGCUGGACUUUUUAACAGCUUCAAAAUAUAAGGAGCAGAAGCAAGGGUGGUUUUAGAUGAUUUAUUUGUUUUCUUUUUUAAACCAGGUUUAGUUUAACUGCAUGCUUAAAUUUUUAAUUACAUGAACACAUGACCCAUGACAUAAAACCUGUGAUUUUAUUUGGAGGAACAUCUUAGGAAUAUUUCAUGCUAUCCUAGAACACUGAUAUUAGAAAGAACUUAAUGUUUAUAAUUCCUAAUGGCUAUAUAAUACACUGUGGCAUCAACAUACCAUGUCCGCAAGCACAUUCCUCUGGCCUCUAAAGGCCCUUUCAAACCUCAUCAGUUAUCCAAGCUCUCUUUUAUUGUACACUGAGCUUUUUAUUUUGUUCAGCCAAUAUGAUUUCUAUAUCUCAGAAAAAAUAAUUUCAUAUCUUAAAGCAAUGUUUUGUAUUUUACACUCCUGAAUAAACA